CGUGUGUCUGUCAGUGAGCGCUGCUCCUGGGCCGAGGAGCAGAUAGAGCGUCCGCAGCCUCAGGUGGCGACUGUAACAGUCCAAGAGAAGGAAGGGAGAGAGAGGAGCCUUGGGGGAGGAGAGAUCCCGUACCGUCCUCGCAGGGCAAGCAGCUGGUGAGAUUUGGUGGAUGACUGUUUGAAAACCAGCCACAGGCUCAUCAUGGCUCAGGUGCUGCAUAUGGACCCCGGCUUCCCAGGGAAACUCAACCCACCUGCUCCCCCUUCCCUGCACGGCAAAGAACAGGAGGCGCCCUACUCAGUGGAGACCCCCUAUGGCUACCGUCUGGACCUGGACUUCCUCAAAUAUGUGAACGACAUAGAGAAGGGAAAUACUAUUAAGAGGGUGCCUGUCCAGCGUAGGCCGCGCUAUGGCUCCCUGCCCCGUGGUUAUGGCUAUGCCGGCUCCUGGUGGACGUCCACGGAAUCUCUGUGCUCCAACACCAGCAUGGACAGCCGCCACUCCUCCUUCUCCUACUGUGCUCCAGGCUUUCACACGACGCAGAGACCCAGCUUCAGCACUGCCCGGGUGGAGAAGACCCUUUUGGAUGCACGAAGGAAACUGGAGGAGGAGAAAGAGGGGCGUAGAUUCUCCAACCUGGGAAGCAUGCACAGCAGUGUGGCAGGCUCUAACACCUCCAUCAGCAGUGCACACAGCUUCAAUCGGGCCCAUGGUGGAGGUGGAUCCUUCACCCCAAUGAGUUCUGGGUUGUCCACCCCGGUGACCCCAACACCAGCCCACCUCCAGCAUGUCAGGGAGCAGAUGGCAACAGCCCUCAGGAAGAUAAGGGAGCUGGAGGAUCAGGUGAAGACCAUCCCUGUACUCCAGGUGAAAAUCUCUGUGCUGCAGGAGGAGAAGCGGCAGCUCAGCGUCCAGCUUAAGAGCCAAAAAUUCCUGGGUCACACUCUGAGUUUUAACAGAGGCCGUUCCAGAGGGGAGCUCUAUAUCGACAUCCCAGAAGAAGAACAGGGCACUGGAACUAAAAGCAGCAACAAACCAGCAGGACCUCUGUCUCCCUCCACCCCAGAGGGCCCUAAACAAGAUUCUGGGUGUGAGAUUGAGGACACAGUAAUCGUGGGUGGAGCCCGGCCGGAUGCAAAACGGGAAGUGCGCACUGUCGGGGUGGGACCAGAGGCCUCGAGGGGCACUCGUCAGGUGGGAGUCGGGGUUCGGGAGGAGGACCUGGGGCUGGUGCCUGAGAAAGAGGCUCUUAGGAAUCAAGUGGGUCAGCUUGAGGGCAAACUAAAGAGGACAAUGCAGGAGCUGCAAGCUGCACAGCAGCAGGUCGCAUCAGUCCAGAAAGCUCCUCAGGCAGAGCAUCCGGUCAUGGCUACCAGCAUGGGCUGGCAGGAGCCACAAGGCUGCAGCCUGCACACUCUGGUCAGCUUCACACAGCAGCCCCAACAGACGCAGCAGAGGACCGUGGGAAUCCAGGUGUACACACUGGAGCAGCCCAAAGUGGUAGAGGUGUGCACACUGCUCCGUGCAGAGACCUGCAGCUCCCCCUCCCCCCUCCAAGCUGGUGGACUUUCAGAGGGCUACCACAUAGGACAAGCUGAAGAUGUUCUGGUUGAGUUGCCGAUCGCUGUCAGCUCCAAGCAGGUGCGCGACGUCCUAAAGAGCGAGCUGUCCACCUCUGUCCCUGUGGCUAGUCCUGCCAUCGCUGUCGGCACAUCUAUAAAUCAGAUUAGUUUGAUGCAAUCUAAAGGAGGAGAGACUCACCUGCAUACAAACACAGAGGCUGUCCAGUCACAAGAAGGAUCCAAGACAGCCUCGUCACCUCAGUCUCUGAGGUCCAUCAUGAAGCGGAAAGCAGAGGGUGAACCAGGGUCUCCCUCCACUAAGAAAAACCUGCAGUUUAUUGGGGUCAAUGGAGGUUAUGAAUCCACAUCGUCAGACGACAGCAGCAGUGAGACUUCAGAUGAAGCGAGUGACUCCAGUGAAUAUCACGAGGCCCGAGAAAAACUGACAGAAUCCUCCGUCCUGCACCAGCAAACAACCCACGCUGUGGUCUCUCAGCCCCUGGAAAGCCACGGUGUACCUCAGCAGACUGCCACCGAACAACCAGCCGUCGUUCCAGAAACACAGCAGAGACCCAGCCAGUCUGCAACAGCAGACGCAACACUGCAGGACACAGUGUCCCAGUCACCAGCAACGGACACUGUUGAGCAAAAAUGUGCCUCACAGCCACCAGCCUCUGACCCCUACCCGACUCCCCCGUGUCCAGCAAACUACUCUGCCUCCACAGAGGCCACCAGCCAGUCAUCAGAAAUGCACACAUCGUCACCGGAGAUCAGCUCCACGUCAUCGAGCUCUGAACUGACUCCUGGGCAAAGCUCCACACACGUUACCAGCUCUUCAUCGUUGUGUGUCACUAAAACCACUGAGGUCACCGAGCAGCAAUACAGCGUCCAGUCAGAAGCCACUGUCCUUUCCGGCCAAUCGCAGUCAAAUCAAGCAGCUGAAAGCAACACGACUGACACUGACCCAGCAUCAGAUAAACAAGUCAGACUUGAGCUGAGUGACGGCCUGAUGUCGGCUCUGAGCGGCCUGCAGAAAGCCCUGGGGGAAUCCAAUGCCUUCAGCCAACAAGGAGCAAGAGCGGCCUACACCACCGUGCUGCAGGAGUGGCUGCGCGUGUCCUGUCACAAAGCCGCAGACACGGCUGUCGUCAAGGCCUAUAUGGACGCCUUCGCCUCCGUCUCCCCUCAGCUGCUGGAGUUUGUGAUCAACAUGGCCGAUGGCAAUGGGAACACAGCGCUUCACUACACCGUGUCCCACUCCAACUUCCCUGUGGUGAAGCUGCUGCUGGACACUGGCCUAUGUAAUGCUGACAAGCAGAACAAGGCGGGCUACACAGCCAUCAUGCUGACAGCUCUCGCGGCCUUCCACUCUGACAGUGACCUUCAGACCGUCCUGCAGCUGCUGCGCACAGGGGACGUCAAUGCCAAGGCCAGCCAGGCCGGUCAGACAGCGCUGAUGCUAGCAGUCAGCCACGGCCGAGGGGACAUGGUGCGGGCGCUGCUCUCCUGUGGGGCUCAGGUCAACAUCCGCGAUGAUGACGGCUCCACAGCGCUCAUGUGUGCCUGUGAACAUGGUCAUGUGGACAUUGUGCGUCAGCUACUGUCUGUGCCGGGAUGUGAUGCCACUCUCACCGAUAAUGACGGCAGCACUGCGCUGUCCAUCGCCCUGGAGGCCAGCCAGAACGACAUCGCUGUACUUCUGUACGCUCACCUCAACUUUGCUAAGCCUCCUUCUCCCGUUACACCUAAGUCUCCUCUCUUGGGCUCGUCUCCUCCUUUCGGUGAAACGAAAUGAACCACGCUCCUUCUGUAUCUCAACAGCCAAUCCACUGCAACUGCUCAUAUCACAGUGUGAUCUUUUUAUUUCAUUGUGUAAUUAAGAAACUUUGUGUUUUCGUGCGUAUGUGUGUGUGUGUGUAUGUAUGCGAUUUAGACUGUUUGUUUCCACCCUCCAUAAUUUAAGUUCAAGAUAAUGUGCAGAUUAUUACAUGACAUCUUGCACCAUUGUUACCUGUUGCUCUUUGUGCACAGUAGUUUUUUUUUGUUUAUCACAGUGCUUCUUAAAAACAUGGAUUUCUUGUGUGGUGCAAUCUAGAGAAGCAAACAAAGUUCUGCAUAAACAUCAGUGUAGUGUGAGAAUAAUCCAGCUAUCGACACAGUUCUUAGUGACGCCAUCAAAACACUUCACCACAAUCACAUUAUACUUCACACAAAUCUCAUAUUAGUUUCUAUAUAAAGCAAUAUGUUGUCAAUGUAAUUCAUGCAAUGGUUGUUCCACAGCAGCAUCGUUAUGUGUGACCGUCACAGUCAUUCGGAAUAACAAAAGCCACUUCUCUCACAUCAGAUAAGUGUCCUUGCAUCAACUAGCUCAUUGGUGCCACAACAAUUCAACACAGAAAAACACCAGUUCAACAAUAUACCAAUAUUUAUACACAGGAUUUAUUUACACUAGAGUAUUUUUGAUAUUGAUUUUUUUUUUAAAUUCAUGACGUCCAAGGAUCGUGAUUCUUAAUUCCUAGGCAGUUCCACCUUUUUAACCAGAGAACAACAUUUUAUUUUAUGAGUCGACGACAUUUCUGAAAGAUGUAUUUCUCCUAUCAGCUCUUUGACAAACUGUAUAAUGUGGUGAUAGAAUGAACACAGGCCGAGCAUCAGUGUUGAAGAAGAGAAGGGUCAGGGGCUACGGUACUUUGGUCUUUGUUUUGUUUUUUAUAACUGAAGGUAAAAAGGAUGGCUGUAAAGAAAGAGUAGAACAUGUCUGUGUUUUUGUUUGUAAUAUUCUGUAGUUGAAAGAUUUAACUUUGUGGAGAAACGACUGAAGGCGCUGGUGGAGCCACCUCUACCACGGUAAGAUUCGUCAGGGAACUAGGAAGUGACUGAUUGGGUUCUGUAACGGACAUGACAUGUAAGAUAUGAAUUUCAAAAUAAUAUAUGUCAAUAUAAACUGCCUAAAAUCAAAUUCUUUGAACAAAAAUGCACAGGCUAUGGAUGUCAAAAUUUCUAUUACUUUUUAAAAGUUUUUUCACAGUUUUCAUUUCCACUUUUAGGCAAUUCAACUUUUAUAAACUUUAAAUUUUUUAUUUAAGUAUAUCUUUUUAUACAUGUAGAAUUUUUAAGCUCACGCUGACUCAAUAUAACCACACAGCUCUUCAUUUGCUGUUUUUUGAAGGUUUAUCUGAAAAUUCAGUUUGUGUUGCUUCUCGUGUGUUUUAAAAAAAAUAAUAAAUGUGGAACACACUG